AUGCUUGCCAUCGUUCUGCUGCUCGCUCUGCCAUUCUGCACCGCAGAGUCGGCAUCCAGCUACGCAGGAUCGACCGUCGUCGAUUCUUAUCCUCCUCCCGGUGCCACCAACACUGCUGUCAACACUUACUUCCCGGAUGCAUCUCAAGUCGGUUAUGCAGGUCCAACGGCUACCGGUGCUGAACCUGCAGCCAUCGUCACUGCCGUGCCGUUCUCCAAGGUCGAAGGCGUAUAUCCCUUGUCGAGGCCCAAUUCGGCAGACGGCGCAGACACCACUUUCAAUGUGACGCGUCACUGGGGAAACUUGUCGCCCAUGUACUCCGUGGAUUCAUUUGGUCUUCCUGAUGCAUCCCCCGUCAUCCCAGAAGGGUGUGGCAUCAAUGCGGUACAUCUCUUGAUGCGCCACGGCGCCCGCUAUCCAGGCGCCGGCGAGCCCGGAUCUUCUCAAUUUGCCUCUGCAAUUCAUGAUGCUGCAUCGCAAGAAGGCUUCAAUGCCACUGGUGAUUUGGAGUUUUUGGCAACCUGGACAUAUAACUUGGGCGAGGGUGAAUUGACCCCUUUUGGCCGCCAAUCAAUGUUUAGCAAUGGGGUUGCCUUCCGCUACAGAUAUGGAGAGUUGCUUAAUGCUUUCACGGACCUUCCGGUAUUCCGUACUACUUCAGAAGAUCGCAUGGUGGAUUCUAUCCUGAACUUUGCUGCAGGCUUUUUUGGGGUUAGAACUUACCAGACCGACUAUCACCAGGAGAUCAUAAUCGAGGCGAACGGCUUCAACAACACUCUCGCUCCUUUUGAGGUGUGCCCCAACGCUAAUUCGCAGGAUGUCGGGAAUUUCGGUGACGGUCAGGCUAGUGAAUGGGCGAAUAUUUAUCUCCAAAAUGCUCGAAGGCGCUUGCAACCAAUGGUUCAAGGACUCAAUUUGACCAUCCCACUAUUGAUCGACAUGCAGGCACUAUGCGCAUUUGAGACCGUGGCCCUCGGAUAUUCUAAAUUUUGCGACCUUUUCACUGAUGAAGAGUGGGAAGGAUACGAUUAUUUCGUUGAUCUCGUAAACGAAGAUUUCUGGUACAGCAGUGGACCAGGCAAUCCAACGGCAGCAGCGCAGGGUCUUGGCUAUGUUCAGGAACUGGUGUCGCGUCUGACUCACACUCCCAUCACUGUCUGGAACAGCAGCACCAACAGCACUCUCGACUCGAGCAAUAUUACAUUCCCCCUUAAUCAACCUAUAUACGUGGAUUUUAGCCAUGACGUAGUUCUUGCAAGCGUCGCCACUGCUCUGAACUUUACCAGUCUAGCUGCGAGCGGUCCUCUGCCAACCGACCAUAUACCCCCUCAUCGUUCUUACCGUUCUAGCCAGAUUGCACCGUUUUCCGGCCAGCUUGUAACUCAGGUGCUGAGUUGCCCAGCUUCAGAGGAACCAACCCACAUCCGGUUCCUUCUGAACGACGGUGUAGUGCCACUUACAGGCAUUCACGGUUGCACGGAAGACUCAAACGGCCUCUGCGCGCUGCCGGGCUUCAUCAGCGGGAUGCAUGAACGAAUCGGGCAGAUCGACUUUGCGCAUGAUUGCUUUACCAAUUAUACCAUGCCCGAUCCCGACAACAUCAUCGAUGGAAGAUACCCCAGUUAAAAGGAUGAUUGGAGCAUUUGGUCGUAUAUACCCACAAGUUGCCACCUUUUGGAGAGUGUCAAUGAUGUCGGAAAAAGGUACACGACACGCAUUUCGUACUCGACGGACAGGAUUCGUUUUUGCGUAUAAUGUGCUGUGCGUUCGCGUUUAUGUACUGCUGUGCAGAAGGUACCGAUUGCAAUGAUAUAUCCUGACGACACGCGCAUUGUAGACGAGAGUGAGUUUACCAUGAAUGUUUCUCUUUCCCUUGUCGGCCUUUGACGAGGCAUUACUUGAGGG